AUGGGAAAAGCGGCGAAAGGCGCAGGGAAGGCGGCGGCCAAGGCGGCAAAAAAGGCCAAGCAGGAAAAGCUUGCCGAGCGGCGCGCGACCAAGCAGGCAAAAGGCGGCAAAAGCAAAAGCAAAGGACAAGUGGAGGAGGAGGACUUGGACGCACUUCUGGAGCAGUACCGUGCAGAGUGGGAGGAGGCGCAUGCGUCCGCAGAGGAGAAAGCAGGCGUUUUGCCGAGCAGGCGCGCGAAUGCCACCUUUACGCCGUGCCCUUUGGGAAACGAUCUAUGGAUGUUUGGGGGCGAGUACUUUGACGGAGAAAAGUGUCUAUUUUAUCAGGACCUCUUCCGGUACAUUCCCGAGAAGAACGAGUGGCGCACGUAUGCAAGUCAUACACAGCCUGGACCGCGGUCGGCUCAUCAAGUAGUCGCGUCGCCUGCAGGGGGCGGCCAGCUUUGGUGCUUUGGCGGCGAGUUUGCAAGCAUGCGCCAAACCAACUUUCACCAUUACCGCGAUCUUUGGGUAUACUCUAUUGCACAACGUGUUUGGGAGCGUGUUGAUACCAAGGUGCGGCCAAGUGGGCGCAGCGGGCACCGUAUGGCCAUGUGGAAGCACUUUAUUGUGCUGUUUGGCGGCUUUGUCGAUACGGGCGUGCGCACGUCCUACCUCCAGGAUCUGUGGGUGUUUGAUACACUCGAGUACAAGUGGCACGAGAUCAAGCAAAAUGAUUUCCGGCGGCCGUCUGCACGGAGUGGAUUUUCCUUGCUGCCGACGCCCGAGGGGAUUGUCCUGUACGGUGGAUACUGCAAAAAGUAUAUCAAAGGCCAGCGCACGCAGGGAAUGGCACUUGACGAUGCGUGGAUGCUGCAUAUGGACGAAGAUCUAUUGAAACUGGAAUGGUCGAAGCGCCGCAAGAUCGGAUACGCUCCAAACCCGCCUCGUUCGGGGUGUACGAUGGCGCUGUGGGCGAAUAGGAACACGGGCGUACUGUUCGGCGGCGUGACGGACACGGAGAACGACGAGGAAUCGAUGGAGAGCACAUUUUGGAAUGAUUUGUUUGGCUACCAAAUGACAGGAAAUGGCCGCUGGAUCAGCCUUAAUUUGCGCAAACCCAAGAAGAAAGGGGAGGAGGAUGUGGAUCCACGCAAUGCGCUACCGCUUAUGCGGUACAAUACCAUGCUUGCCGUACAGCGAAAUACCUUGUACAUCUACGGCGGAAUCUUUGAGAGUGGCGAGCGCGAGUAUACCCUGGAUGAUUUCUACACCAUCGACCUGUCCAAGAUGAAUCAUGUCGAGUGUCUGAGGGCCUGUCCGAUUGAGAAGCUGGAAUGGAACGAGUCUGAAUCGGAGGAUGAGGGCGACGACGACGACGAUGACGACGACGACGACGACGAUGAAGAAGAGGACGAGAUGGAGAUGGAGCCAGAAGGCGUCGAGGCAGACACUGUGCCAGAGCACGAAGACGCGGAGAUGCUUACCCUCGAUGCUAUCGACUUGCACGACGUGGACCUUGACGAAGACGGUACUGACCCUGCGCAACGAAAAGCCGAACUUAAGCAAAAACUAGCGCUACGUCAAGAGGCGACCAAGUUUAUCGGCGUCUCGAAGAACACGGAGCGGUCCGAAGAGGAUAUCCUAUCGACGCCCGAGCCAGGCGAAGUUUUACAAACGUUCUAUUUGCGCACAAAGCAGUACUGGACCAUGCGUGCGUUCGAAUGCACACAAGGCGCGUCGCGCGGCAAACAAUUGCGCCGUGAUGGAUUCGAUGUGCGUACAGAAUGCGACUCACGACAGCUUGCCGAGAAGCGAUUCAUGGAGUACAAACCGAUUCUCGAAGAGAUUGAGCACAUACGUGCAGAGGCGGGCAUCGAAGAGGAAGAUUCGAGCGCACAAACGCGCCGCGCCGCCGGCACCGGCACCGAAAGCCGGCACCGCCGCUGA